AGUAGCAUAAAACGUGAUAGUUCAUGUGUGCUUUUGACUAUUAUUUCUAAAAUAAUAUUUAAAAUUAUUCUAAAAUAAUUUCUUCAGUUGUUCCUAUUUUGAGAUCCAUAUGAAUGGCAGAAUAUUUAAUUUUUUUUAUUUUUUUUUUUAGUUUAGAAAAUUCUUACUUUCCUUCUAGUUUAGGAUCUUUAUGAGUGACAAAAUAUUUAUAAUACUUUUUAGUUUAGAAAUAUCUUCAUUUUCUUUUUAAUUUAGGCUCUUUUUUAUUUUCUCUGACAUUCAAAAUCGAGGCCUCUAAAACUCGACCACCUUGUUAUAGCACCUUACACUAUACCCCAAGAACAGUAAGGAAACUUCCUCUUCCAUUGUUUUUUUCUGCAAAACUUUCUUCAUCUUCAACUCCCAAUUACUACUACAGUAAUAACAAUCAUGGACGAGGACGAGUACUCAUCAUCUACACUACCAACUUGUUGUGACCCUCCACACUAUGCUUUCUCUGGCAAACUCAUGUUUAUCUCUGUCCUCAUUUUCUUCAUCGUUUGUCUUCUUAUUGCUUUCUUCCACCUUUACAUUAACCGUUUUCGCCACCGGCGUAACCACCACCGGAAUCUUGAUUUACCGGUGAAGGUUCCGGUUUCUCAAGGGCUUGAUCCUUCGGUGAUAAAAGCACUACCCGUAUUUGUUUACAAGGUGGAAUGUUACCAGUCUUUGGUUGAGUGUCCUGUGUGUUUGGAGGGAUUUGAAGAUGGAGAAAAGGGUCGGGUUUUACCUAAGUGUAGUCAUUGUUUUCAUUGUGAGUGUAUUGAUAUGUGGUUUCAGUCUCAUGAUAGCUGUCCAGUUUGUCGAGCUCCAGUUCAACCGUUGGUGAAACUGAAUGAAGUGAAGGAAAAUUCAAGUGAAUUAGGAAGAGAAGGUGAAGUUGUAAUAAUGGUUCAUGAUAGUAAUUAGUAAUAGCUAGCUAUGUAAAUUGUGAUUUAUUAGUCUUAAUUGAUGAGUUUGAUCUUUUAUUUGUCUGUUGAACUUA